UACACGUUCGCUCGCUCGCUCGCUCGGUCGCUCACUUAUUUGUUUCUGUCCGGCCAUUCGUUUCGUUUUUGUACUAAUUUUUUUUUUGUGCUCACAGCGCUCGUUGUUCUUCAUCGUUAGCAAGUGAUUCUUUUAGUUUCUUAUAUCUGUUAAAUAUGCAUUGUUGAAUUUAUUGUUGUUAUUAUUGUUGUUAGUUACCUAUUGCUAUUGAGAGUGCUUUGUUUUUCGUUUACUGUUUGUUGUUAUUAUUGCUUCCGACUUGUGUAUUUGAAUUAUUCACGUAUUUCGUGUAACGGGCUUCGGUGGAACUUGCCGCGAGGUACGUGAAAUACGCGUUACGUGUUUUACCGAACAGCCACUUGACUUCAUUACUUCGCCAACCCUGUCAGGAGUUGCUGCACCAUACGUUUAGAUUGGUAAUUGCAGCGACCUACUACCAACUGGUAGAGUUACUGCGGUUGGGCAAACCUCGAGAGAUGCAUCGAUACGAUGGAAUAUGUGUAUGCGUGCUGAACCAAGUAAAUAUGUAGGCAUACGCCUUUUCCAGUUAUGUUUUGCAACAUCGGGGCUGGAGCUCUUCUUCCCUGCGUUUUUACUUAAUUUCAAUGUAAAUGGCUGAAACUAUAAGUGCAGCCGCCGGUAUGGAGAUGACAUUAAAGGACAGCGGGAUAAUUGAUAUGACACCAGCGAGUUUGUUGCAACACAGUGCGUUAGUCAAGCAUACACAUGCGCUACGUAGCUUGAAGGAAUGCAGCGCAGAUGAACAGCCAGUGGCCUUGGAUAGUACAGCACGUGCAAAUAGUACCCCGCCAACGAAUUAUUCCACAUCCACAAGCACACCGAAUCCGCCCGCUAUGGCGACGUUUCGCUGCGAACGUUGCGACCACUUCGAGACUACUUCUAGAGCAUCGCUACUGCUACAUGUCGUCCAGUGUUUGUCUAAUCAUGCGCGCCUCAAAACCGAAGAACCUGACUUGGAGAAUCUGAGUGUUGUCGGUUCGGUGAUGCCCCAUGCAGACCAAAAUGCAGGCAACAGCAACGAUAUGACCAAAUUGGUACCGGAUACGGCAACGGUAAAUAAUGUGCCCACAAAUAUGUCGGUGGUUGCAACGAAUGGCAAUGCCAGCAGUCCAACUGCAUCAUCGUCUUCGUCGUCCUCAUCCCGCAAAGUUUUCGAAUGUGAUGUUUGCAAUAUGAAAUUCUCAAAUGGCGCCAAUAUGAGACGGCACAAAAUGCGCCACACUGGUGUCAAGCCUUACGAAUGCCGUGUCUGCCAAAAGAGAUUUUUCCGCAAAGACCAUUUGGCAGAACAUUUUACAACGCACACGAAAACUCUUCCAUACCACUGUCCCAUAUGUAACCGUGGCUUCCAGCGCCAAAUCGCUAUGCGCGCGCAUUUCCAAAACGAGCAUGUCGGCCAACACGACCUCGUUAAAACCUGUCCACUGUGUAGCUAUAGAGCAGGUUCUAUGAAAUCGCUAAGGAUUCACUUUUUCAACAGACAUGGUAUAGACCUUGAUAAUCCCGGACCGGGUGGUUCCUCAUCCUUACUGCUCGCCUUGGAGUCGCAGGCAUCACAAGUAGCUGCUGCCGCAGCCGCUGCCAGUUUCGUACCGGGCCUGAAUGUCGUGGCUGCAGCUGCUGCUGCUGCAAGCCAGAAUGCAAACUCGAACAUGACGACGACCCAUCAGAGCGAUAGCGGCGAGUCGAUGCGUUCGCUGGAGAAUGCCACACCGCCCAUGCAUUUUUUGACUCCACAUGUGGAAAUUUCAACGCUGUCCGACAAUGGAACCGAUUUGUUCAAUGUAACAUGGAAUGCGUUGCUAAAUUGCAAAUUGGGGAAAUCCACUGAUGCGGCGUUUUUAUGUGCAUUUGAUUUGCAGGGGAACGCCAAUACCGCAACCGGGGUGGAACAGAUGGAGACGAAGAGCGGCGGUCGAGGCGAGCGGGAUGCAGUCAUUGGAAAUAAGUCACCAGCGCCACUACCACCACAAGAACAUCCGAUCGAUUGCAAUACCAAAUCGUUGCCUUCAAGCACCAGUCAUGUCGGUGCGCAGUUGAAUGCUUGCCCUUCACCAAAAACCCAUCACCACGAGAACCACAUCACACCAUCCAUCAGUUUGAUACCAAUCAAGCAGGCGAGUGAACCAGUAGGGGAGGAUUUAUCAACGGAUGCUAAUAAGAGUGGCACAAAAAUUAGCCCAACCACACAAUGCGAUCAAAUGAAUGGCGGUGACAGCAGUGAAUCGGAAUUCUCGUCUCCAAACGGCAGAUUAACUUCGUUAAUUAAGGUAUCCCCACUGAAGUCCUUGUUAAGAGAGGAUCUUAAACGACGCAUUUGCGCCAAAGCUAAUAAUCGCAUCACUCGCAAUGCCGCUGUAUUGGACAACAACAAUGUCGUGCAAACAGGCGGCGUCACCGGCACCACAAGCAACAGCUCCUCCUGCAAUUCCACCCCUAUAUGUAACGGCACGAUCACCUCCACCGGCCAAGAGACCGAACCAAACCUGCUAAACCGCAAGCAAAUACUCACUUGUUUAUUCUGUGGCAUCGAGUUCCCGGACGAGACACUGUACUUCCUGCACAAGGGCUGCCACUGCGAGAGCAAUCCAUGGAAGUGCAACAUAUGUGGCGAACAGUGCAACAACGUCUACGAAUUCAAUUCGCAUUUGUUGAGCAAAAGCCACCAAUAGCAACCAAUGAGCCUUACAACCGCGGCCAAUAUCAACAAUCAAAAGUAGAUAGCUACAAGCACGGCGGCAUUUCGGAAACGAUAACAGUUGUCCAUAAAGCAGGCAAUGAAGGGCUCGUUGAACGAGCUUUCUUUUAUAGUGAGACAAAUAAUCUACAGCUAGAGGCAAUAUUAAUGGGGAAGGCUCCACAAGUAUGUGGGUGUAAAUAUAUAAGACAGUUUAGUGUAUUGUUCUAGGAAAAUCAGGCAAGCGGUUCGCUGUGUAACAGUGGCUGCUAUAGGCCAGAGUCGCAAACAUGGUAGAAGCGAAAAGUAAUGGAAACUGAAGGCACGAGAUGCAAAAGUGUGUGAUAGUCGAUUGUAACUGAAAGCAAGAACAAAUCAAAAUUAAAACAUAAAAUAGUACAUUUUCUGAAAUACUUAUGCAAAUUAUCAUGUUUAACGUACAACUUUCUUAAUUACAAACAAAUGAGUAAGUUAGAUAAUGACGAGUAUUCGUCAAAGCAAAUCGUUAAUCCUUUGCGCACGCGUAGAAGCAGUGAUAUCAAGAAAAUGCUGUGAAUGCAGAUGAAUAUGUCUCUGUUAGAAGUGCUGAAGACAGAGAAAGUACCAAAACACAUGACACCUUUAAUAGGAAAACGACUUUUUAGAAAUGCAUUUAGAGCUUUAUCCGCCCCAAAUUAAAAACAUGAUGUUAUUAAAUACAUAUAUUGUAUAUUAAUAAAAUUAGAGAAGAGCAUUAAGUAAAGCCAAUGGUCGCUUUUGAUAGGCCGAGGGAAAUCUUUCUUGGCACGUGAACAGUCGCUGUGAAAUCGUAUAGUUCUGAUAAAAUCAGUAAAAAAUUAAAAAAAAAUAUUCAUGCAGUACCGGCGUGCUAUGAAAAAUUUCCAUUUGCUUGCGAGGAGUCACUCAAUAAUUUAACUAUUAGUGCUGGUCAAAUUUUUGCAAUGUACCUUCAACGUAUGUAUGUAAUUUUAAAUGAAUUGUUAUAAAACAUAUAUUAGUUGUAAGUAAUCGAAAAUUAUACACAUAAUUAGCAUGUAGUUGCAUAUACUCGUAUGUAAAGCAAACCUAAUUGAAAUAGCGACGAACCAUAGUUAAUUAAUUAAUGAUAAAUAAUUUUAAAAUAUUUCUUUAGCCAAAAAACGCAAAAGCAGUUGCACUUUUGGUGAAUUCACGUACAACGUGAGACCGAUAUCUGAAAAAGUCAAAAUAUUCAUGUCGUAUUGGCAAAAUCAAAAGAUUUAACGUGUGUAAGUGACAGACAGCGUGCAGGAAAAAUUCAAAAUCGUGGAAGCGCCAUUGCUAAAGUAUAAAUUGAAUUUUCAAUAUAGCAAUUGCCGGUUAAAAGUAUAUUUUCGCAUUUAAAGUAUAUUUUUGGUUUUAUAUUUCGUAGAGACAUUUGCAUUUCUCGUUGAACAACCCUCUGUUGCAUGCAGUUCCGAAAUGGUCGUUGACAUGGUUUUAACUUUGAGCCACGUAAGAGGAACUUACGAACUUUAUCGCCCAUUAUUAAAAGCAGUCUCUAGUUAAUGUUCAAGUGAAGUGAAAUUCCGUUUUCGUAUUCAUAUUAUACUAUAUAAUUACUUUACUUGCAUUUGUUUGUGCUUUUCUCGAGUUUUCACUCAAAGUUUGUUUUUCUGAGCGAAGUGUCCCUUCAAAAAUUUUGGUUGUAAAUAGGUUACUCAUGCGCCACGUCCGUCAAUCACAGAAAUACUCAUGUCAGGCCAAUAUCAUGUUUUAAAAACAAAAUGUUUGAAGUGAAGCAAAUUGUCAGUCAUGUACUGGUGGAUUUAUUUGAACUAUUUUUCUGUUACAAAUGCAUGUGAAGACUCAACCAUAACCUGAAGGGGAGACCGCUGUAAGAACUUAUCACACACAUCCUAGUGACAACGUUAAUAAUGAAGACAUUUUGUGUGAAAAAUCGCACUUCAGACACACAAAUACAUACACGUUAAAGCUUUUGAAAUUGCCAACAUUUACAGUAAUUAAAUGUAAUUGAAGCAAUUGCGCUAAAAGUCAACAAAUCAAAACGAGCAAUAUUUUUAUAUUCGAAGCUACGUAGAUACCUACCUUCCUCUUUGAUUAAGUACACAAAUACCCGAAAAUUCACACACAUACACAUCCAAAAACAUACGCCAAAUUAUGUACAUAUAUGUUAUGUGCGUGCAUAGAGAUAAAAUCAUAGCUGAAGUAGUUUGGGAAAGCAGCUUAUGUCAAAAAUAAAUAUUUUGUUAUCUAUUCUUAAGAAAAACAGCAAAAUGUUUAUGAAACAUUGCGAGAAAAUUCUUAGCUUGUAAGCAUUCGUUUGGACAACGCAACAAAUUGCGAAGCUGAAAUCUUAUUCAGACAAAGCUUCAUGUGCUUUCAAGUAGCUACAUAUUUAUCAAUUGACAGAAGCGGCUUUGCCAAAACUAGGCAGGUACAGUUUUACGUAGAAAAAGUUAGGUUAGGUUUUGUUUAAUGGAUCAGUAGUUGCUAGUGCGGCCACUGACCGUAUGCAACCGUCAACACUGGCGAUUUAAGCAAAAAGUUGAUAAUUUCACAUCCAACACAUGCACACACACUUGGACAAAGAACAAAACAUUAGCUGUAUAAGGGAAUCCUCAAUGUUAACCAAAUUCACACAGAAAUCUAUAUACUUAGAAAUCGGUAGAAAUCGGGUAUAAAAUUCAGUAAAAAAAAAAAAA